GGGGGAGAACGGAGGAUUGUUUAUGCGUGUUUGUCGGAGCGUAAACCCCAAAGUUCUCGAGUGCUUGGCAGCCAGCACAUUGCGCAACUCCCAGAAAAGUCGGUCUUUGGCCUCUUCCUCCUCCCCCUCUUCAAAAUAAGCCAUGGCUGCUCGUGCCGCUUUCUUUCGCAUAGCUCCCGCCGUCGUCCAUGCCCGCGGAGCACCGUUAGUCGGUCUCCGACGCGCUGCCUUAGCUCGCGGGUAUGCUACCCAGAGUGAGGAACAUUCGACUCGGUCAGAUGACCGUUCGUGAUGCCCUUAAUACCGCUAUGGAGGAGGAGAUGUUGAGGGACGAGAAUGUUUUCAUCCUUGGAGAGGAAGUAGCACGGUACAAUGGUGCUUACAAGGUCACCAAAGGUCUUUUGGACAAGUUUGGUGAGAAACGUGUUGUGGACACACCAAUUACCGAAAUGGGCUUUGGUGGUCUUGCCGUCGGUGCUGCUCUUGCUGGUCUGCGACCAAUUUGCGAGUUCAUGACUUUCAACUUUUCGAUGCAAGCAAUUGACCAAAUUGUCAACUCUGCUGGAAAGACUUACUACAUGUCUGGUGGAAGUCACCCAUGUCCAGUUGUUUUCCGCGGUCCUAAUGGUGCUGCCGCCGGUGUCGGUGCCCAGCAUUCACAAGAUUACGCUGCAUGGUACGGUCAGAUUCCCGGUCUCAAGGUGAUCAGUCCUUGGAGCGCGGAGGAUUGCAAGGGUCUGUUAAAGGCUGCCAUCCGGGACCCCAACCCUGUCGUCUUCCUAGAGAACGAGAUGCUUUACGGUGUCACAUUCCCCAUGUCAGCAGAAGCAAUGUCUGACAACUUCCUUCUUCCAAUCGGCAAGUGCAAGGUUGAACGGGAAGGUAGCGACAUCACCAUUGUUGCGCACAGCAAGAUGGUUACUCACUCACUUGAGGCGGCUGAUGAGCUUGCUAAGGAGGGCGUCAAGGCCGAAGUUGUUAACCUUCGCAGUAUCCGUCCUCUUGAUAUCGACACUAUCAAGAAGUCUGUGAAGAAGACGAACAGACUUGUUAUUGUUGAGGGUGGUUUCCCCGCGUUCGGUGUUGGAAGUGAGAUCUGUGCGCGAAUCGUUGAGAGCGAGGCAUUCGAUUAUCUCGAUGCGCCUGUUGAGCGUGUCACUGGUGCUGAUGUUCCCACUCCUUACUCUGCCCCCCUCGAGGCACUUGCAUUCCCCGAUACCCCUCUGAUUGUCAAGGUGGCCAAGCGUGCUCUCUACAGGAGCAACUAGGAUCACUUUCGCUGCAUGAGUCCCAUUCACGGACGGCUGUUUUCUCGCUCCCUAGACUUGCUAUGCUAGUUGUUGCCCACACUUAGACUCUUAAUAUAUUCUAGGGGACCUUUGUUAUCAUCGCUCUGCUAUAUUCAAGUGGUAUUGUUCGAAAUACAUUGCAGUCAACAUAUGACGAGAGUAAUUAUUUUUGGCACAGUCCUUUAGAGUUGCAGACUUUUCAUGCUACUAAAGUGCGCAGUCGUAUUCUCACAGCGUUCGCAUGAGCUUGUAGCCCUUCGCAAUCUGCCAAAGUGGCUACCACUGGACCAAGUCCUAGGAGUCCAUCUGCGGUUACCUCCUGUGAUGUGAUGUGCUUCUGGAAUGACUGCGUAUUAACACCGCUG